CCCAGAGCAGCACCUCGUUGCAUAGUUAGAAAUUGAAUAUACAAAAAGGGAUAAAGGAAACAGCACCGAUACAAAGGUAUCGUUGACGAGGAAGGACUAGUGACAAAUUCCAGCCGAGUGGCCCUUCAUCAUAAACACAAUGGGAAGAUCGUUCAUGAUUAUCGUACCAACAUGUGUGCUGGUAGGCGUCGUUGGCAGCCUCCUGCUACUGUCCGAAACUGAAGCCUUGGCAGGGCCCGCCUCAUUCCGCAUCAACUUGCUGACAACUGCUUCCCCACUGCGCAUGGCUCCGGAAAAUAGCCAGGAUUUCCCUUCCUCCGUUUCGCUCAAGACACCACGCCCACCGAAGCGUGCACCGUCGAUUGAUCGUCUCCGAUCGCUGCACGAAGAAUACGAGCCCUUCUUUCUACGCAAUGGUGGGACUGCGCUUUUGGACGAAGAAACGGACGAGGAGUCUCGUCUUUCACCCCGUCAAGGUUUCUUACAGUCACGCUACGACCAUUGGCAAGAGUGCACCGUCAAGGCACUGAAAGCCGAGCUUUCCGUUCGUAAACUACAGGUAUCUGGUAAAAAGGCCGCCCUUGUGGAGCGCCUCGCCUUAGACGACCUCGACAAUACACCGGAUCGUCUAGUCCAAAAGGCCGCCAAAACGCUGGCUCAAGAAGUCUUCGUCCAUCCCUUCACUACUACCGAAGUAGAAAAGGGUGUACCGGCCGACGCUAUCAAAGGCGCCGCGUUAACGGCCGCAACACUCAGCUAUUUGGCCGGAAACAGCAUUGUUCUUUCCGGGGCGGCGGCUCUCGGCGCCGCCUAUCUCGCUAUUUCACCCGGCAGCGCCGGAGAUGCCGUCCGAGCCAUUGGUACCUCGGCCUGGUCUUCCACCGAAGUCUUUGUCGACGUGGUGAAAAAGAUUGGCCCCGAACACAUUGGGGAAACCACCGUGGGAUUGCUCCACCGCCUUUCCGCGGCGGCGCAACAAACCCAAUUUCUUCUGCAACAAAAAUCUUACCAGAGCGGAAGCAGUGCCAGCAACAACGCGAUCGCACGGGACAAGGCGGACGCGAUCGACGUGACGAUUACUAACGAUACUGGUUCAACCGAGAGUGACGAGGCUUCGCCCACAUUUGCUUUUGCCGAGAAAGACCAAAUUGUUCCGAAAGCGGACACACCGGUGGUUGCUCCCGCAAAGACAAAGGACGACCGCGUCAAUCGCGCGUUGCUAUCGUACCGUAUCGAGUUGGAACAGACCGCGUCGCAAAAACGACUCAAGCAGCGAAAGGAACAAGCUUCCCGGGGAUUGCUAGCGGCGCGAUUGUCGUUGGAGACAGCCCUUAAGGAACGUAUUAUUGUAGAGCAAGCACGUCUUGCGGAGGAAGCUCGGUUGGCGGAAGAAGCUCGGCUCGCAGAAGAAGUCAAACUUGCGGAGGAAGCUCGGCUUGCGGAAGAAGCACGCAUCGCCGAAGAAACCCGGCGAAUGGCAGAAGCCAAAGUUGCGGAAGAAGCACGUAUCGCGGAAGAAGCUCGUCUAGCGGAGGAAGCCGAACAAUCCCGACUGGCAGAAGAAGCACGUGUCGCUAAAAUCAAGGCCAGGGUCGCUGCUCAGGAAGAAGAAUCUCGACUGGCCCGAGAAGCCCAGGUAACGGCCGAAGCUCAACGGGUCGCGCUCGAAGCACAGCAAGCCACAGUGCUGGAGAUACCUGAGGCCGAAACACCGACGGAAGCCGUGUUUGAAACCGAAGCCUCUUCAGUCUUUGACGAAGUUGGUUUUUCCGAGGAAGAUUGGGCAGCUUCAAUUCUUGCCGCUCAGAAAAGCAUCGAUGGUACUAUUGUUGGCUCGGACGAUGAGGAGCAAGACACUGAUGAGACUGAAUCGAAAGCGAGUUGGGAGGCCGCCAAGCUAUUGGCUGAAGAACUUAGUCCAAGUGAACGAGAGGACCUGGGCAAAGCGGCGCGCGAAGCGGUCGAAGCUAUGGAACUAAACAUGAAUGCCAAGAUCCAAGAGAAAGCCGUCGAGCGCGAAACGUGGGCCCAGGAAGUUGUUGAGGACGAAGGAGCUGAGGAUGACGACGAAAACAACCUGGAUAUGUUCUUCGACAACGAGGGUUUCGAUAUGGAAGCGUUGGCUCAGGCAGCACGCCAGGCCGUGGAACGAUACGACGCUGAAUCUACUGGCGAGACGGAAAGAGAAUCUUGGUCGGAAUCAUCUUUGCGAGACUGGGCCAGUUACAGAGUUGCCGAUCUACGAAACGAAUUGAGCACGCGUGGAUUGCCUGCUAUUGGCAAAAAGAUGGAACUAGUGGCCGCCUUGGAGGCGGCAGAUUUGGCUUUGUCGAACGGCGAAAUUUCUUCGUCAGCGGGUGUCCAAAGUGAAGGGUCUGGUCCAGUCAUGGCAGAAGAGAAGGAAUUGCUCGAGGUGGAAGACGAGUAUGGCAUAAUGGAGUUCGAAGACGAUACAGCGUUCACGUUCGAAGAGGAUGACGACGACGACGAAAACUUGGAUGAUAUCCUGCCUCCCAUGGAGGACUUGGCUGCUUUGGCCGCUGCUGCCCGCGCCGCUGUACGAGACCAGGAAGAUCUGUUCAACACAGAUGUUAUUCAUGGGUCUACCACGGAUUGGUCUCAAUUUAAAAUGGUCGAUUUGCGUAACGAGCUUACGAUGCGUGGUUUGCCCACGGUUGGAAAGAAGACCGACUUGAUUGCCGCACUCGCCCAGUCUGAUCUUGACCAAGAGUCCGCCGCUGUAAUGGACGAUGACGAAGAAGAGGAAGAAUACGGCUCGUUCGAAUACGAUGCAACAACGUUGGUUGGAGCGGCGGACGACAAGGAAGCAGACUUGGAUAGUUUAUUUGGUGGCAGAGGGUCGGAUCUGGAGACUCUGGCUGCCACUGCCGAGGCUGUGCUUGAAAUGGAAAAGCCAGUCACGUCUCUAGGUCGGGAUUGGUCUAAAUUGACGGUUGCCCAACUGAGGACUGAGUUGGACAAGAGAGGACUACCAACGGUUGGAAAGAAGGCGGAUCUCGUGGUCGCACUGGAAUCAGCGGACCGUGAGCUAGAUGGGAACGCGGAGGAAGAGAAAGACGUGGACAACUUGUCCAGUAACGAACACGUGUUUACUGUAAACCAUGACUACGACGAUGAGCUUUCCGAAGACGAUUUGUUGAAUGAUUUGCUCCAUGCGAACGGUGCUGAUAGGGAGGCGUUGGCGGCGGCGGCUCGUGCCUCUGUGGAUCGCGAAGGCGUUCUGCCGGAACCCAGCACCGACUGGUCGCGACUGAGUCCAACAGAACUGCGCAUCGAGUUGGACAACCGCGGAUUACCCACGGUGGGGAGAAAAGGGGAUCUGGUGGCGUCCUUACAGGCCUCGGAUCGUGACUUGGAACGGGAGAUUGCGCAACUGGACCGCGAGGACCGCGUGGGUGGUCUGGGAGAUUUGGACAUGGCCGCAGUGGCGCGGGCUGCGCGCGAGGCGGUGAAGCGAUUCGAGUCGGUGGAAGAGCCGAGCGACGAAGAUCUCUUGGAGAUUGAGAAGGAACCGCUGCUUUCGUCCGCCACAGACUACGGCAGCCUGACUCUGGCGGAACUAAAGGACGAACUCCGACAACGAGGGCUACCGUUGAGUGGAAACAAGGCCGAUUUGAUUGCCAAGUUGACGGCUUCCGACCAAGUUUCUCUGGUCGCGCAUAGGGAAAGUAACGAAGAAAACCUUCGGGGAGUCUCUCCCGGUCUCUGUUUCGGGAACGGAUCCAUCCGGGACUCGCCGACGGGCGCGGACACACGCCGACCGGUUUGUCGUCCCGUGCGGCGCACCCUCCUAGUGAGACGUGAUUCUGGGCGCGAACGUCGCGCCGACGGAUUUGAAUGGAUACUCAAUGCAUCAUCCCCGGGGUGUGUGUCCCGACAAUUUCGUACCGUAAAUCCUUGGUUUGUCGUUCCCGCUAGGUUUGGUCGCACGGAGAGGGUCACCGCCUUGGUGCCGGAAUCCCUGUCGUCGAUACGAUCACGAUCCCACCGUCCGUCGCGUCGGUACCACGCGAUCCCACCCGACGAUCCCGGAUGGACUCGAGCACCUCCCGACGCCAACCCUUGGUGGGAACGUUCCUCCGUGGCGGAAUCUCGGUCGACUCCCGCCGACCCCCUCACCACAACGGUCCCGGGUGCGUGGACAAUCGUCGCACCCCAGACCUUUGACGAUCGCCCGUCCGAUGCGACGACGUGGGUUGCCACCGACACGGUGCGCCGCACGGGCGUAACACCACGGCUCCCCACCACCCCACUCCCGCCGGCGGCAGUCUCCGCCAAUCCUCCCUUGGACGACGACGACGUUGCUUCCGUGGACGCGUCCCCGCAAACUCCCGUGCGGGCUGAAACAGAACCAAGUCCCGUUGUUCCAAGUCGGCAACGGCCAAUCAACAACAACAACAACAACGAGGCGGCACUCGUGCUCAAGCCGGUUUCCAUGGAGAAUGCACUGGCACGUCCCAAGUCACCGGAACAAGAACUGAAAGGUAAGAGUAUAGCGCCAGAACAAGUUCAAAAGGUGACGGAGCGUCUGUCGGAAGAGAUGGAGUCGCAGAGUAUUGGUGAUAGUCUCCGCCGAAUCCACAGUUUGUCGGAAAAAGUUGGUAGUCGUGCCGCGCAAGCCGCCAAGGAUCUACGAGAAUCUCCGCAGCUCCCCGCAUUGGCCAGUCGUCUGUCGGACGCAUGGACCAAUGUGGCAAAGAGUAGACAGGAGGUCUGGGACCAAAAGAUGACGAACCGGCAGGAAGCUGUCCGUGCGCCAGUAUCCAGCGAGGAUGGUAGUGUUACAGAGGUACCCAGCAACAAUGACGACGAGCGUCCAUUUUUCCUGUUACCCAGUAUCGACGUUUCUUCUCUGUACGCAUCCAAACAACAAAAUAUGGACCAUGCUAUGCCCGACGGAUCCGUGGAGGAGGCUAGUGGUCUAGCCAAGAGCGGUCGUUUUCCGAAGCAGAGCCACACAGAAGCGGCCCUCGUGCCCAGUCUGGUCUCGGCUGAGAAUACUGAGAAUACACUGACAGUGAGCUUAAAAUCCCGGUAUUCGGGGGAAGUGAUUGCAGGGUUGGGUAAAAUGCAAGAACAAGUUCAAAAGGUGACGGAGCGUCUGUCGGAAGAGAUGGAGUCGCAGAGUAUUGGUGAUAGUCUCCGCCAAAUUCACAGCGUGUCGGAAAAAGUUGGUAGUCGUGCCGCGCAAAUCGCCAAGGAUCUACGAGAGUCCCCGCAGCUCCCCGCAUUGGCCAGUCGUCUGUCGGACGCAUGGACCAAUGUGGCAAAGAGUAGACAGGAGGUCUGGGACCAAAAGAUGACGAACCGGCAGGAAGCUGUCCGUGCGCCAGUAUCCAGCGAGGAUGGUAGUGUUACGGAGGUACCCAGCAACAAUGACGACGAGCGCCCAUUUUUCCUGGUCCCGAGUAUCGACGUUUCUUCUCUGUACGCAUCCAAACAACAAGAUAUGGACCAUGCUGUGCCCGACGGAUCCGUGGAGGAGGCUAGUCUAGCCAAGAGCGAUCGCUCUGCGAAGCAGAGCCACACAGAAGCGGCCCUCGUGCCCAGUCUGGUCUCGGCUGAGAAUACUGAGAAUACACUGACAGUGAGCUUAAAAUCCCGGUAUUCGGGGGAAGUGAUUGCAGGGUUGGGUAAAAUGCAAGAACAAGUUCAAAAGGUGACGGAGCGUCUGUCGGAAGAGAUGGAGUCGCAGAGUAUUGGUGAUAGUCUCCGCCAAAUUCACAGCGUGUCGGAAAAAGUUGGUAGUCGUGCCGCGCAAAUCGCCAAGGAUCUACGAGAGUCCCCGCAGCUCCCCGCAUUGGCCAGUCGUCUGUCGGACGCAUGGACCAAUGUGGCAAAGAGUAGACAGGAAGUGUGGGACCAAAAGAUGACGAACCGGCAGGAAGCUGUCCGUGCGCCAGUAUCCAGCGAGGAUGGUAGUGUUACGGAGGUACCCAGCAACAAUGACGACGAGCGCCCAUUUUUCCUGGUCCCGAGUAUCGACGUUUCUUCUCUGUAUGCAUCCAAACAACAAAAUAUGGACCAUGCUAUGCCCGACGGAUCCGUGGAGGAGGCUAGUCUAGCCAAGAGCGAUCGCUCUGCGAAGCAGAGCCACACAGAAGCGGCCCUCGUGCCCAGUCUGGUCUCGGCUGAGAAUACUGAGAAUACACUGACAGUGAGCGCAAAAUCCCGGUAUUCGGGGGAAGUGAUUGCAGGGUUGGGUAAAAUGCAAGAACAAGUUCAAAAGGUGACGGAGCGUCUGUCGGAAGAGAUGGAGUCGCAGAGUAUUGGUGAUAGUCUCCGCCGAAUCCACAGCGUGUCGGAAAAAGUUGGUAGUCGUGCCGCGCAAGCCGCCAAGGAUCUACGAGAAUCUCCGCAGCUCCCCGCCUUGGCCAGUCGUCUGUCGGACGCAUGGACCAAUGUGGCAAAGAGUAGACAGGAAGUGUGGGACCAAAAGAUGACGAACCGGCAGGAAGCUGUCCGUGCGCCAGUAUCCAGCGAGGAUGGUAGUGUUACGGAGGUACCCAGCAACAAUGACGACGAGCGCCCAUUUUUCCUGGUCCCGAGUAUCGACGUUUCUUCUCUGUACGCAUCCAAACAACAAGAUAUGGACCAUGCUAUGCCCGACGGAUCCGUGGAGGAGGCUAGUCUAGCCAAGAGCGAUCGCUCUCCGAAACAGAGCCACACAGAAGCGGCCCUCGUGCCCAGUCUGGUCUCGGCUGAGAAUACUGAGAAUACACUGACAGUGAGCUUAAAAUCCCGGUAUUCGGGGGAAGUGAUUGCAGGGUUGGGUAAAAUGCAAGAACAAGUUCAAAAGGUGACGGAGCGUCUGUCGGAAGAGAUGGAGUCGCAGAGUAUUGGUGAUAGUCUCCGCCAAAUUCACAGCGUGUCGGAGGAAGUUGGUAGUCGAGCAGCGCAAGCCGCUAAGGAUCUACGAGAAUCCCCGCAGCUCCCUGCCUUGGCCAGUCGUCUGUCGGACGCAUGGACCAAUGUUGCAAAGAGUGGGCAGGAAUUGUGGGGCCAAAAGAUGACGAAUCGGCAGCGAGCUGUCGGUGCUCAAGCAUCGAGCGAGGAUAGAAUUAUUCCGGGUUUGCUUAACAGCGGCAGCGACGAGCGCCCUUUUUUCCUUGUCCCAAGCAUCGAUGUUUCCCCCUUGUAUGCCCGCCACCAACGUUCAGUCCUAGAUAUAUCCGCCGGAGUAGCGGUUGAGCCCGUUUCCACUAAGAAUGGAUGCCGCGAAGAGGAUGCCAGCAGCGAGGCUGGCCUACAGUUAGAACAGCUUUCCGAUGAAAUCGCGCACCGAUCAACUAGUGGCAAGCUGCAGUUUCGGAGCUACCGACAGCGCGCUUUGAAUUUUUCCAACCGAUUUGACAUGCUCUCUGAUCAAGUUGGAUAUCGUGAGGCGCAAGUUUCAAAAAGUUUGCAACAAUCGCUUUACUCUCAGACGAAGGCCAGCGGUCUCUCUGGGGCCUUUCCUAGCACCACGCAAGGAGAUGAUCGAAGCGUGAGUGAGCCGGAGGAGAUGAUCAUCUUGGAGUCUUUGAACGAAAGUCAAGGAGGUGCUGGGUCGCCUGACGACGAUGACGGCGAGGCAAUCGCAGAUGACAUUCCGGGUAUCAACAUCUCGUCCAUAUUGGUAUCCGAGCCGAGUGCGAUACAAGUCCAACAAUUGUCUAAGUUUCAGACGAAGUCCAGCGGGAUCUGUGAGGUUCUCACCAAUGCUACGCAAGGAGGGGAUAGAAAUGUGACUGAUCCGCAGGGGCCGUCAUUUUUGGACGAGGACCGAGGAGGUGCUGGGUCGCCGAACUAUGAUGACGACGAACCAAACAUAGAUGAGAUUCCGAGUAUCAACGUCUCGUCCAUAUUCGAAUCUGAGUCGAGUGCGAUACGAGAAGUUUUACGACAAUCGCCUGAAAACCAGCCGGAAUGCAUCUCUACCCGUAAGGUCUCCACCAACACUAGGAAAGAUUGGGUACGAAGUGUGACUGAUCCGCAGAGGCCGCUGGUCUCAGUCUCCUGGAACGAGAACCUAGAAGGUGCUGGGUUACCGGACGACGAAACAACCAUGGAUGAUAUUCUGAGUAUAAACGUCUCAUCUGUAUAUGUCUCCGAACCGAAUGCAGUCGGAGACGUGUCCGUCGAACUGACGGAUGGAUUAUUGCUGCCCAAGCAGGUCCGACAGAGGCCGAGCUUAAAUGAUUCCGCACCGCUCUCGUGGCAGGGCACUUCCCGAGACGCAAAGGUUAGCACAACAACGCUCUCCAAAUGGAAGUGGGGUGCCUUACUGCGGGUCGGUAAUUUUCGUUGUCAUCUCGAAGCCGUCACGGGUCGACUGGCUGAAAGUUACGAGCGCACCCAGAAAUUCUUGAUCGAUCUCGUUUCAUCUGUGGAAUACGACAAGGCCUGGACCCACGCGUUCUUGCAAAAAAGUCAAGGACUUACUAGGGAGAAUGUGACACUCAUGUCCGAUGAUAAAUCUGAUGCUGUUGGAGAGUCAUUGGGAAACGAAAAGAGAGCCAGUUCAAAUUCGGCUAGCGUGUGGAAGGCCGAAGCUUCGACGCUGGUUUCCGUGAAUAGGUCGAUUCUUGAGGACGAAAAAUCCGCAGCCUCAAUAAGCCAGGAGGAUAGUGGGGCGCAAGUCGCUUUUCCGGUUCGGCGCAAUACUCAACGCAACCAAUAUUUCGAGGCGCAACCAAUUGCUCAGCGGUUGUUCGAACAAAUCCUGCCUUCAGUUGCCGGAGAGCCGCUACGGAAGGACGUCCCGGGCUAUAUCAUUCAAAGCGCUGUUUUUUCUACAUUUACCUGGUCUUUCGUCCUUCAACGUAAUGAUCUGUGGACGUCCAUGUGGUUGGCUACAGGGGCAUCAUACCUUUCUGUUACCACAGGCUGGCAGGGCGAUCUAGUUCGUGGCUGGAGUAUUGCCGUGUACGAGCUCAUCGACUUCGGACGAAGUGAUUUAGCCGUUUGGGCACGGGACUCGGCUAACGAGUUUGCUGCACUCGCUCCAUUCCAGCGCCGCAUCCCAACCCCUCCGAAAAAUCCUCCACCACGUGUGUUGCUCGUUUGGGACCACUCUGAGCUCUUCUUUCUUGUCCCAAAAUCGGUGAAGGCCGAACGACGCACCCGCUCGUUGAUGGAAUACCGUUUUGAGUUGGAAGCUGCUGACCGAGAACGCCGGCGCGAACGCGUUGCGGAACGAAACGCUCGCUGUUUGCUGGCUGCCCGCCUCGAGUUGCGAGCCCGAAGGCAGACUAUCAAGGCUCCAAUCCUACUGCCCGAGGCUCAAUCAUUCACGACAGUCCCUAAGACACUACCAGCGAUAGAUUUGAUGGAACAGCUUUUCUUUUUGGUACCCAAAUCGGUGAAGGCUGAACAACGCUCCCGCGCACUAUUAGAAUUCCGGAUCAGGUUGGAAAGCGAAGAACGAAAAAGGCGGCGCAAGUCCGUUGCGGAACGUAACCCCCGUAGCUUGCUUGUUGCCCGUCUCCAGCAGCGAGAGUGGCAGGAGGCACUGUCUCCACUAGACGACUUGCCAUCGUUGCCCAAUUCCACAGCCCAUAUUGAAUCAGAGGUCGGAGAGAUUGUGGUCGUCCAGAAGACCCUCGGCUCGGAGCGAAAGAAGCGGGUCAGAGAGGUGAAUAAUACAGCCAAGCUUUUUGAGUACUAUCGAGAGCAACUAAAGGCACUUGAAGGCAGGGUGCUAGCUGGGAUACGUCAACAAUCUAUUUGCAAACAAGAACGGACCCAGCGCGCUCUACUCGAGAGUCGUCUCAAGUUUCAUGCGACACAACGGAAAAUGGCAGGGUCAGGACGUUCACAACGACGGCUGAUACAGGAACAGCAGGCUCGCGCCGACCAAGCACGGGCGGCCAACAUGGCAUGGUGGGCGGAAGAGAAUCGUGCUUGGCAAAAUGCCGGACCAGAAUGGCACGCUCAGUUGGCCGCCGAUGCACGGCAGGACCGUCGAAUACAGGAGGCACAGGCUGUCGAUAGAGUAAGGCUAACGGAGAAAGUAACCAGUCAAUUCGAAUCAAAUCGAAUCGAUCAAGAGAAACGCCUGGCGCGUGAAGCUUGCAAUACAGACGAAUGGACGGUUACGGACGAGGCCCGCGUUGCUGUAGCUGACAGACCCGCACGCGAAGACCGCGCAGCGAAAAGGAAGAAACAAAGCAAAGCACAGCUGAACACUAAAAUUGCAGCAGAAGCGCAGCGUGUAAAGGAAACGAGAUCAGAGCAAAAGGCGAAGCAACAAGAGGCAGAGCUGCCACAGAAAAUCAGUCGGGAACUUCCAUCCCAGCAAAAUUCGAAGCAGCAGAAUGCGCAGAAGGCAGAAGAAGCAAAACGUGCGAGGAAACUUGUAUCUGAGCAAAAGGGAAAGCAGCAAGAAGCGCAGCUGGCCCACAAGGCAGAAGAAGCAAAGCGUGUGCAGGAAAUUCUCUCGGGGCAAAAGGCCAAGCAACAUAAACUCGAGCUGGUCGAGAAAGCGGUAGAAGCAAAGCACGUGCACGAUAUUCGGUCGGAGCAACAGGUCAAGCAACGUAAAUUCGAGCUGGCCCAAAAAGCGGCAGAAGAGCAAGACCAGCGAAAUCUGGACAAGAGCGGGAUGGAGGACAAGCGUAGAGAGAAACUUUCAUCCGAGCAAAAGGAAAAGCAACGGAAAGGACAGAAAGCAGAAAAAGCAAAGCUUGUGCAGGAUGUUCUAUCCGAGCAAGAGGCAAAGCAAGAAGCGUGGCUGGCCCAGAAAGCAGACGAAGCAAAGCGUGUGCAGGAAAUUUUAUCGGGGCAAAAGGCCAAGCAACGUAAACUCGAGCUGGCCCAAAAAGUGGCAGAAGCACAGCGUGAGCAAGACAUUAGGUCGGAGCAAAAGGCCAAACAACGCCAGUUGGAGCUCGACAAGAGAGCGAUAGAGGCCAAGCACGUACGGGAUAUUAUAUCCAAUCAAAAGACAAAGCAACGCCAGCUAGAGCUGGCACAGAAGGAGGCGGAUGCAAGACGAGAGCAAGGCAUUCGUUCUGAACAAAAGGCGAAACAACUCCAGCAGGAAUUGGACCAGAAAGCGGCAGACGCAAAGCGUGUGCAGGCAGCUCUGUCCGAACAGAAGACGAAGCAACGGGAAGCGCAGCGGGGAGGCGCUUCUCGCCAGCGGAAGAAGCAACAAAGAGGUGAAGUAAAGCGAAUAGAGGAGAACAGAUCCAUUGUUUGGGCAACACUAUUGGAAAAGGCUCGCGCUGGACAGGAGGGAACUCGUAAAAAUGCGGAGACGAAGCUGAAGGUUGAAGCUACCAGGGUGCCACCGGAAGAAGUCUUGACCGAUAACCAACGCAAGAUCCUUAAAGCCAAAAAGGUGGAGGAGGAACGGAUUGUAAAGCAGGCUUUAUUGGCGGAAGAGAAGAGGAUUGCCGAAAGGGAGCGCAAAAAGAAGCAAGCGCGAUUGAUCGAAGAGCAACGGAACGCAGAACUCACCGCGGAAAGGGAGCGCAAAGCGGAGCAAGCACGCCUGGCAGAGGAGAAGCGCAACGACAAAGUCGCUGCCGAACAACAGCUAUUGUUGGAACGGGCCGCCAAAGCUGAAGAGCUGCGCCGGAAAGAAGAACACGAAGCCCAGGCUACCCAAGCGGCCGAAAGGCGGAAACGCGAAGAAGUGCGUGUCGAUAAUGUGAAGGCGCAUGUCGCUGCCGGGCAAGCGAAGGAAGAGUCUCUACGUGUCGCGAGGAAACAACGUAUUGCAACGGAACAUGCCGAAGAGCAAAGGGUGCUGAUUGCGGCUCUGGAGGAAGAAACGCGCUUGCAAGAGGAAGCGAAAAGGAAGCGCAUUGCUGACGAAGAGGAGAGGAGACAGCUCGUACAAGCACCCCGCCAGCAGCGCAUGGACGGGUCGGGUGAGAAACCACUGGAGGCUGACCACCCUCGCGUAAUAUCGGACACAUUCGCGGUGCAAUCAGUUCCUAGCAAAGCAGACAAAGAUUCUUUGGCCGCAGAACUGCCUGCGGACGAGGUGAUAGAUCUGGUGGCCGGUAGUGUGCCAGCGGGAGUCAAGGGCGUCAAUCCGGAUGGUACAGAAGAAGCGUCUCGAGAUAAUGAGAACGGAAUUGUCCGUGGCUUUGAGGAAGACAGUCGCCAAGCGAUGCAUCACUUCAAAGACAACGAGACUCGCUUGGCCUUGGAGGAACCGGAAUCUACCAAAAGCCGUGUCGUGUCGGAAGACGCGUCGCCGGCCGUGUGGGUUCCGAAAGCGACCCGAUCCCAGGACGAGACGUUUGUGGACAUUUUCACGUACUCCAAACCGCGCGAGGGAGGGCGAAACUCGGCCAUUCUCGAAAUGAAGGACACUCGGGCAGCGCCCCAACGCGCCCGCCAGGCGGCGCAAUUGUUCGUGACUCUGGCUCUGUCUCGCCCCGCCAUUUUCAGGGCGGCCGCCGCCGCGCGUCAAUCGUCGGUAUUGGCGUUGGUGAAUGUAUUGGAUGCGGGUUAUUUUUCUUUCGUACCUACCGCUGGACCAGUCUACUUUAGUUCGAUGCGUGGUGCCGUGGUUUCGCUAGUCAGCAUGCGUUGGAAAGUACGUGAGGUCCUUCCCAGAGCAGCGGCUCUGCAAGCCUGCAGUCUGUGUCUAUCGAUCCUUGCUGCUCCUGCCGCGUCGUUUUCCGUCGCGACGUCCCACCGUGCGGUGACGGCGUUGGCCUCCCGUCCUCCGCGCCUUCCGGAUCCGCUGCCCUGGUCCUCGCCUCCCCCGUGGAGUCGCUCACCGGUACACUUGGAGGAACCAGUCGCCACGUGGGUCGAUGCGGUAGCUCGACCCGUCUCAGAACGUCGUGAAAGGUCGGUGAGCUCAACUAACACUCAUUCUUCCGUUUGUUUUGGUGCUAUCGCUGUAUCCAAAGAAGUGGAUCUCGACUGGGCAGACGACACUGAUACAAUCAGCGAGGACGAUAGCGUCAAGACGGACCGCCGUCCUUUGACCGAUCAGGCCACUUGGGUGGAUCCCGACGCCGGUCUCUGGUUCGUUCGAGACGAACCGAAAUCCAUCCCCACCUCCAAAAAUCUCCCCCGGUGGGACCCGAGCCUCCCGACGGAAGAAUCCAUGGCGGGUGCCUUCCUAGUGGUGACAUCACUCGGCGCAUCAGUGGGUGGGAUCGAUCUCCCGACGUCCUGUGUACUGGGCUGCCUCGCGGCCUACCUGACCACGCGCCCCGGGGCGGCGGGGACGAUGGCUCGACGCGGUGGCACACUCUGCUAUUAUCUUACGGCCCAAGCCAUACAGACGAUUCAGGAUCUGCACGCCUCAGGGCGCGUCCAAACGACGAUCCGUACAUUGGCCGAAUCCGUGCGGACGUCGGGAGAGUCCGUUACGAUGGAAUCCAGAGCCGAUUUCGAUACCGACACUGAUACCAACGGUACGGUCGCGUCCAAUCCAGAAAGCAGCGACGACACCGUGGUCUCAUCAUUGCACCAGGACGACGACAAAACGGAAUUGGUCUUUCCUGGCAAUGAGAGUAGCUACGGUGACACAAUCUCGUCGGACCAGGACAUGAAAGAUGAGGACACUGUCUCUUUCCAUGAGGACGUCGAUACCAACGACAAACUUGCAUCAUCUAACCAAGACAGCGGCAACGUAGCCUUGGUCUCCUCCUCGUACCAGGACGACGAAAAGACGGAGCUGGUCUUGCCUGAUAAGGAGAGUGACUACGGCGACACGAUCUCGUCGGACCUGGACAUGAAAGAUGACGGCACUGUCUUUUCGCAUGAGGAGAUUGAUUCCAACGACAAAAUUGCAUCUUCUUACCAAGAUAGCGGUGAUGUGGCCUUGGUCUCGUCCCCGCACCAGGACAACAAUAGGAAGGACCACACGGUCUCGUCCUCGCAUUUGAACGACGAAAGCACAGAGAUGGUUUGGUCCGACGAGCAUACUAAAGACGACGACACGGUCUCCUCGUCCCAGGACAAUAAAGGUGACAAAAGGGUCUCCUCGUCACAUAUGGCGAUAGAUACCGACGACACAAUCGAGUCUUCUUCCCGAGACAGUGGCAGUAUGGCCUCGGUCCCGUCGCACCAGGAAAACGACAACAUCAACAUGGACGAUACGAUUUCGCCGUACUCCAAGCAUAAUGUCGAUGACUCGGACUCUAUUCCUAGCUUCGACAUUUCGUCUUUGCAGCCAAUCCCCAGCAUUGAUAUUUCUUCCAUGUACGCGCCUGGGGCAAGCCAAACCCUGGACCAACAACAGCUUGGUCUGCCCCGACCGUCCAGCCCCGAAGACCUCGAUCUGAUCGCGGUGAGCGCACCGACCCGUACCCCGACUCCCAGGACCGACAGCGAAGGGACACAUCCGGUAAGGGAAGGUCCGGUGUUUGACAACACUCCAAACCGGCAAUUGCUCUCUGAAUACCAGUCGGUGACAGACCAAAUCGAUCCUAGUCCGGUGGAUGACGUACGGAGAGAGAAGAUUCCAAAUGCUGAAACAGACGCCUUGCUCUCUGUUGAUCGCGAGGUACCUCAGGCCAAAAGCAAGACCUCGGUUCCUUUAGAGAUGGCGGAUGAAAUGAUGGCGGAACCCAGCAACAAUAUUCCCCGUGAGCCCGUCUGGACAAUCUGGCCCGUGGACCAACCGUUCCGGUAGCUCGUUCCAUUGUAGAAUCCCAUAGUGGUUGCUAAGGACACAAAUAUGUAAAACAUGUAGGUU